GUUUGAUUCUACUUUCUGAUGGUGGUUGCGCUUCGUCUGCAUUCUUUAAAUGUCUUCAAGAAACGUCAGAGCAUAUCAUAUUUAUGAUGCUUUUCAUUUCCAAAGCACAGACCCAGAGAGGAACUAACCUCUUCUCACACGCAGCUCGUGUCUUUAUGCUGUCCACCAGUCUGAGAGACAAGCAGAUCCAGCAGCAGGUUUCUAAGCAGGAAGGCAUUAAGGGGCUGGGUUUUUGUUUUGCUACUUUUUUUCUUUGUCUAUUUUGAACCUGUUCCACCGCUUGGCUUUCGACCAAUCAAACAGCCGGUCUUCAGACUCUAAACAUUUCUUUGGUAGUAAUCCAGCACUUGCUUAAGAGUGAAGUCUCCACAUCUACAGCAGAAGUCCUCAUUUUGUUGGAUUUUAACUUUAACUCUUUUUGGAGUGGAGCAGCAGCAGAUUUAACUGCAGCUUUCAGCCACCAUGAGAAUCGCUGCGUUUAACGUUAGGAAGUUUGGACAGAAGAAAGUGUCGGACCCUGAGGUUUUGAAGACCCUUGUUAAGAUUAUUUCUCGUUAUGACAUCAUUGUGAUCCUGGAGGUCGUGGACGUUACCGGGAAAUCAGUGGAGACUCUAAUGAAAGCUCUCAAUAGACCCAACAGAAAGCAUCACUACACUCUUAAAAUCAGCAAACGUCUGGGCCGAACACGCUACAAGGAACAAUUCAUGUUUCUGUACAGGGAUGACUUUGUUGACCUGCUUGACUCAUACCAGUUUGAUGACGAGAAGACUAAAGGCCAGGAUGUCAUUGACAGGGAUCCAUAUAUCCUUCGAUUCAACUGCCAGAAUACAGAUCUGGUGAUGAUCCCAGUUCACACCAAACCAGAGGACGCAAAGAAGGAACUGGAUGAACUCUAUGACGUCUUUGUUGAGGUCACGAAGAAGUGGAAGACGAACAAUGUGAUGAUCCUGGGCGAUUUCAAUGCGGGCGGCUCGUACGUUUCCAAGAAGGCCAUGGAGACCAUCAAAAUCCGCAGCAACAAGAACUUCCACUGGCUGAUUGGAGAUGACGUGGACACCACUGCAAGCAAUGAAAACACCUACACAUAUGACCGGAUUGUUGUCUACGGGGACGACAUGCUUCAGGCUGUUGUUCCAAAAUCUGCUAAAACCUUCAACUUCCAGGACGCCUACAAUCUCUCUGAUGAGGAGGCUUUGAAAGUGAGCGACCAUUAUCCAGUGGAGGUGGAGCUGAAGGUUGAAGGAAAAGAUGCUGCUGGUGGUGGUGUUAUAGCGGGAAACAAGAAUUCUGCUUCGGGAAGGAGAGAAACUCAACCUGAAGAUCGAGAUCCUUCAGAUGAUGGUCACAGAAAUGCCAUAUUUCGGUGUUGUUGUUUGUCCUGAAGAUGUUAGAUCCAUUGGAAAAACAAGCAAAGUAACUAUGAACUACUAUCAUACUGGUUACCUACCUCUUACAGUCUGUGCUACUAGUUACCACUUGAACAAGGUUCAAUGGACUACCAAAUAAUGUGGUCCUGGGGCCUUGUGUAUAAAGCUUGUCUAAGCAUUAGAAAAAUUUGCUGUGCAAUGUUUAUGCACAACUCACGCUGCAUGAAAAAUUAAUGUGUGAAAGUGUUUAGAAAUUGAUGCAAAUCUUUUACCUGCCAUGAAAAUGUGAGGCUGCAAUGCAGAGUUUUUCAAUCGACAAUAACAAACCAUAAAGUCAAGGCAAGUUUAUUUGCUUAGCACAUUUCAGUAGCAAGACAAUUCAAAGUGCUGUGCAAAACCCAUCCUGAAUAACUGGCUCAGAGAUUAUCUACUUCGCUGCAUUUUUUCUCUUGGAGACAGCCACCUAUGGAGCUAGUCUGCCAUCACCCUUUCUCAUAUUGAAAGUACUCUCGGACCGGUGCUUCUGUGCUUUCUGUGUCUCUUCUCUAAGCCCCAGUGGGUGGAGGCAGAUGAGCGUUCACACUGAGCCUGGUUCUGGUUCUG